AUGAUCUCUGAAAGCAGCGGUAACGUACUAGCAAGUAUCCAGAGCAGAUACAAGUUUAGAUCAAAGACUCUUGAGUAUUCUACAUCCUUUUAUCCCGAUAGAUUCGUGAUUUUCUAUAAAGACAGGAAAGCCGGAGAAAUUCCUUAUGAAAGCAUCUUGAGAGUAGAGAAAAAUAGAGAAGGCCUGAAGUUCGGGCUGAAAAACGGGUCAAGAGUGAAAAUACCAUGUACAUCAGACGAGAGAAGAAAGGUGUUCCGUAUCUUCAAGGCCAAGAGACUGGGAAGCAUCCUGAAUGAAAACGAUGUAAUAGGCUUAGCACUUGUGGAGUUUGCUGAUCUGAAGUUUCUUGUUCCUCUUGUAAGCACAUCCUUUACAGACCUUAAAAAAAAUGUGAUUAGGAGGAUAGGAGGGCACUUUCUUCCGUCUCAGAAUCUCGACUUCAUAAGCUUAGAUCACUAUGACGAGUUUUCUCUCUACAUCAAGGAUAAGGAUUCGCUCGUAACAUUUGAGAAUGAUGAUGACUUAUUGUGCAGUCUUUUGUACUUUGAAAAGAAGUUGACAGUGGUGGUCAAACAUGUUCCCAAAGUGCCUUGA